AUGACCAAUAUUGUGCGAGUGGGAGCGCCCAAUAAGGUGAAUGAAGCUGAUCUGACGGACUCCAUCAUCAACGGUCUACCACAUCCAAACUCGUGGCGUUUUACGGCUGUGAUGAACGACCUCGUGACCUUCAGGAUGGAGACGGAUAUCGGAUGGACUUUCUUGGUCGGAUGCACUCGAAAGAUCCAACCUUUGAAGACCGGGAAUUUUCCACGCAUCCUACGGAGUAUUGUGAACAUGCUACAUUUUGAGUCAUUCAUCACGUAUCGUUGGGCUUCCCACUCCCGUGUCGAAGAUCGCCGUGCCGAAUCAGCUCCAUUGACGGAUGGCGUACGGUUGAUGAGCGCUUCAAGGAUCUUCCCGUGUCUAUUCAUGGGGAUGUUCUUCGUUCAGCUUGAAGAUCCGAAAUAA